UCUCUCUCAAACAUCUAACACUUCUGGCGUAGUAGCCUAUACAGACAACGUCUUCAAACCCACACGCUGGUUAUUCCCCCCGUUGUUGCACUACUAGUGUGAGAACUGGAUCUGUUGCGCGAAGGACUCACAACCUAGUGUAGGCAUGAAACCUCGCGCGCAGCACUAGCACAAGUUCAACUCGGCUACUCUGUUCGUCUGUUUUUUUUUUAUCUCUCAAGAAAACGGUGAGUUUGAAGGAUGUCUGUUAACGGGUCUUUACAGCAAGAGCGUUUCUGGUGUGGAUUUACUCAACAAGCUACCUAAGAGGUGUGUGAUCAGAUGCGCAACUGACAAGGGUUUCUAUGCCGAUGGAAACGGAGCGCAGAGAUGGUUAUGCCGGUGGUUCCUUCAGCGCCGUUCGACCGCACUUGCUCACGGCUGUAAUCUCUUCUCGGGACAAGACAUUUGGCGAGGGGAAAUGUGAAGAGGCUUAAAGUAUGGCAUGCAAAGAUGGUCUCUGUCAAGAAGGAGAUGGUGACUGCGAUGUAUCCAAGUUGCGUUUCUACUCUCUUGUACUUACUCUUCGUGACUGCUUGUAUAAGGAGAAUCUCUGGCCAGCCCAAAAAGGAUGAUAAAAUAUACCCUGAGAAUUUUACAAGAAUUUUAGAUAGUCUUCUGGAUGGCUACGACAACAGACUUCGACCUGGAUUCGGGGGUCCGGUGACGGAGGUGAAGACUGAUAUCUACGUCACCAGCUUCGGACCAGUUUCUGAUGUUGAAAUGGAGUACACGAUGGAUGUGUUUUUUCGUCAAACGUGGGUGGACAGGAGACUGAAGUAUGAGGGCCCUAUUGAGAUCUUGAGGCUCAACAAUCUCAUGGUGACUAAAGUGUGGACCCCGGACACAUUCUUCAGAAAUGGGAAGAGGUCUGUGGCUCACAACAUGACAGCUCCAAACAAGCUGUUCCGGAUCAUGAAGAACGGCACCAUCCUGUACACAAUGAGGCUGACGAUCAGUGCACAAUGUCCAAUGAAGCUGGUGGAUUUUCCAAUGGACGGCCAUUCCUGUCCCCUCAAAUUUGGGAGCUAUGCAUAUCCUAUGACAGAGAUGAUCUACACCUGGACAAAAGGGCCAGAGAAUUCUGUGGUGGUGCCCCCAGAAUCCUCCAGUCUGGUGCAGUAUGACCUGAUUGGUCAAAGUGUUUCCAGUGAAACCGUCAAAUCAAUCACAGGUGAAUAUGUGGUGAUGACAGUGUACUUCCACUUGAGAAGGAAAAUGGGCUACUUCAUGAUUCAGACAUACAUCCCUUGCAUAAUGACAGUAAUCCUCUCCCAAGUGUCCUUCUGGAUAAAUAAAGAAUCUGUUCCCGCGAGAACCGUCUUCGGCAUCACUACGGUCCUGACCAUGACCACCCUGAGCAUCAGCGCCCGCCACUCGCUGCCCAAGGUCUCCUACGCCACCGCCAUGGACUGGUUCAUCGCCGUGUGCUUCGCCUUCGUGUUCUCCGCCCUCAUCGAGUUCGCCGCCGUCAACUACUUCACCAACGCGCAGAUGGAGCGGGCCAAGAGGAAGCACAACAGAAAUUGCCCGGUGCACUCGGCCAAGAGCCCAGCCGACGACAAAGCCAAGGACAAAGACAGCGAGGGGGUUCUUCAGCAAAACUCUGACACAAACGGCAACCUGAGGAAACGUCUGAACAACUCAUCGUCCCACUCCGACUCCAAGAGUGACUCCAAGAGAGCCGAUUCCGCCAGCAGCAGCAGCGGCGGCAGCGGCGGCAACAACAGCGCCGUGACGACCGGCGCUCGGCAACCCUCCUCCAACAGCGGGGCCACCGGCAGCUCAAACACCCUCGCUCCCUCCGCUCCCAACACAGCAGUCGCCCCAGCCUCCAACUCCAAAAGCACACCACCCGCCCCACCCUCCACCCCGACCGUGGGGGGGCGUAUGGGACCCAGUGCCCAGGGGGGGCCCAGCUCCCUCCAGAGCCUUCUGGGGCCCAAGCUGGAGCACAUCCAGGGUAAGAUGGAGGCCAAGCAGAGCGCUCCUGUCCUGGGGGGCACCAGCAAGAUCGACAAAUAUGCACGCAUCCUCUUCCCAGUGUCCUUUGGGGCGUUCAACAUGGUCUACUGGGUGGUUUACUUAUCGAAAGAUACCAUGGAGGCUAAAGAUGUGUAAUCCUCUUCGCUUUGGCGUGAAUUUAUAUCUUUCUUUCUCACACGCUCUCUCUCUCUCUCUUUCUCUCUCUCUCUCUCUCUCUCUCUCGGAGACGUUGAGUAACAAAGGAAAUAAAUCUCUCUGUGUGGAUAUGGUCAAAUAUUUCCAAGGAGAGAAAUCAAAUCAUAUGUUGACAAGUAAAAAAAAAACACUGAACAAGAAUUGUGGCAGAUUAUCUCAGCAACAUUAAUCUUUUAACCUGUUUUUUGGUUUAUCGUCAAGGACCCCCAUCCCACCCCUCCCCCAAGAACAAGCGUGUGGAUUUAAUGAAAAAACAAUCUUUCAAGCGGUCUCCAGAGAUGGAAUAUAAAGAAUCUCUGUGUUUGUUUUUGUUUGUUUUUGUUUGUUUGUUUGUUUGUUUUGGCGGGGGGAGGGUUGUUUGUUUUUUGAAGUGCUCACAUAUAAAACAUCGCCAGUUCAUCUGAGGAA